AAUAACGGUGUGAGUUCUACGCGGAUAAUAAAAGUUUUUCUUUGUAUUAUUAAACAAAAUGGCUAAAAACUACGUUACUAAUUUUAGAGGUGAGGUGUAUUUCACACCGGGUGGUAAAUUACAUUUAAAAGACGAACCAGUAACACCAAUUGAAGAAGAUUUUGGUGAUCAUAACAACUUCGAUUGUUUUGAAGAUGAUUUCGGAGGGAUGAGAAAAUCUUUAUCGAUGAAUGAUAUAGCUUCACUGAGACAAGAUUUGAUCAAGUUAGAAUUUACGGAUAGCCAGGAAGAAGUAUAUCAUAGACGUCGGCGACCGACUGGGCAGCCACAAGAGUUAUCGAAGACAAAAUUUGUGUCAAUGGCUGAAGCGAUAUACCACUACCAAAGGGACACUCCUGAUAGAUUCCACUCGAGCAGGCCCCGGUCAUUUCGCCCUAAGGGUUGUGGAGGUCCAGCCAGCUUAACAAUUCCUCAGUCUCCUAUGUUGAGAUGUAAAGCCCGUUCGCGACCACAUCAUAUACUCUCUCAAAAAGAGAAAGAAGAAUUGGAACUCGAGGAGAUUAGAAAAUUUAAAAUUAAAGCGAAUCCUAUUCCUAAAUCAGUUAUAGAGGGACCAAAACAUUUGCCUGAAGUGCCAAGAAAGCCAAUAACAGUCCCAGAACCAUUUAAGUUGACUGAAAUUCAAAAGAAAGCAGCUCAAUCACCUGGACAAGUACCAAAUUUUAAAGCUCGUCCAGCUCCAAAGCAUAUACUUGAGAAACCUCAAUUAGCAAUUAAAUCACUUCCGCAUGUGACUAAACCAGUUAGUCCCAAAUUCCGUUAUAAACGAGCAAACUCUGCUGAUCACUUUAAAUCUGAAACAAAGCUAAAGGAUCUGCCAGCCAAUGCUAAAAAAAUGGAUAAAUGUGAGAAGAUGGUACAGCGCCACGGUCCAGUGAAACCAGAACCAUUCUCAUUUGAAAAAAGAGAUGAAGAAUUAAAAAGAAAGAGAGAAGAAAGGAUAAAGAGGCAAUUGGAAGAGGAAAAAAGGCUUGCUUCUCAAUUUAAAGCUCAGCCUCUACCUGCGGCUGUAAAAAAGAGGAUGCAAUGUGGUAGUUCAGCAUGCAGUGCUUCUAAUACUUCAUCGGAGAAUAAGGAAAAUUAUGUUAAAUUUGAAGCUAAACCACCAACAGUGCUUUAUAAAGAGCCUUUCAAACCAGUUCUGCAACAAACACACAUAGUCAAGUCUAUUCCUUUUGAGUUGACCACAGAAAAAAGAGCAGCGGAAAGAGAAAGAUUUGAAAAGCAGUUAAAAGAAAAAGAAGAAGAAAACGAGAGAUUAAAACAGGAGAAAGAAAGAGAACAGCUCGAAGCAGAAGAGCGUGCAAUAGUUGAAUUACGGGCCAAGCUUGUGCAUCAUGCAAAACCAGUUCCAUCAUUAGAUCCAUUUGUCCCAGAAAAGUCAGCUGCACCUAUUACUGUUCCGGAAACACCUAAGUUUGUUAGGAGACUGAGGCAAAAUUAAUAUUUUUAAUUGGCUCUUAGUAUAAAAUCAUGAAAUAUUUUUAAGCCAUUAUAAUAAUUAGCUUUUGA